AUGGCGGCCACAAAUGUACAGGAUGAGUUUAGCGAGGUGGAUAACGCUUUAGCGCCCCCAAAUGGCGCUGGUAAUGAAAUGCAGGCUGUUGGUCAAGAAGACGACAACAUGCAUGGUCAGUUGGAGGAAUUUUUAGGUCCACAGGCAGAAUUCAACGAGGAAGAGGAAGAGAAAAAAUAUUACAGGAGGAAGCGAUUUGGAGUCAUUAAGAAUGUGGUGGCAGCCAGUACUGGAGCCAUGAUUCUGUACAGCGUAUACAUGGGGUUACUGCAAAUGCAGCUUAUCCUUCAUUAUGAUAUGACGUAUCGUGAAGUAAAGUACAGCAACCUCGGUCUUCAGGACAUUGAUCGGAAGAUGCUGAGGGGGAUCAAUGUAACACCCAUAUUAGGCCUUCUUUACACCCCCAUUUUCAUCAGAUUUCUAGGAACAAAGUGGAUGAUGUUUUUGGCUUCAGGGGUCUAUGCAUUUUUUGUCUCUACCAAUUACUGGGAGCGUUACUACACCUUGGUUCCAUCUGCUGUUGCUAUCGGUGUGGCCAUUGUGCCACUGUGGGCCUCCCUUGGAAAUUAUAUCACAAGGAUGGCACAGCAAUAUUACGAAUACGUCAACUAUAAGGAAGAGCAUGUACAGGAGCAGAAGAAGAUUCCAAAAGGAGCAUGCCACAAAUACAUUAUCGUCUUCCAGUCAAUCUUCAAUAUCAUCUUCAAUCUGAGCUUCAUCUUUGCCCAGUUACCCAUGCGUCUCAUUCUCAAUGGCUACAUCCAAGACCCCAGUCAUGUUCUCUCGAAAGUCAACAAGUGUGGUGCUGUAAUCAGUGGCGUGAUUCCGGGAUUCAACACCACUGUGUUGAAAAGUCUACCACAGUCAAUGAAGCUGAUCAUCGUUGAGAGUAUCUUCAUGGGCUUCGCAUUCCUUUCCAUGAUUAUUUUCCUUGUGCUGUGUGGCGCCGCAUACAGUCCAACAGAGGAGAUCGACCUCCGCAGUAUUGGCUUUGGAAAUAUUUUCCAGCUUCCUUUCAAACACUUUAGAGACUACCGCCUACGUCUUCUCUGCCCUUUCUUCAUCUACAGUGGAUUGGAAGUUCUCUUCGCCGUCACCGGACUCACCUUGUCCUAUGGCGUAUGUACUUUGGGUCUAAAUAAACUUUGGCUCUUGAUUGUGGUCUAUGGGCUCUCCACCUCGUGCUUCUCUUUCCUGGCCUUCUUGCUCCUCCGUCUUCCGCGGUGGGUGUGCCUAUUAGGAGGAGCUGCUGUGCAUUUAGUGCUACUGGUGGUACUCAUGGUGUUUUCACCAACCCCACGAGAUCAGCGUUAUCAGGCCCCUCUUCUAGUGAUUUCUAUGCUUUGGGGACUUGGUACAGCCCUGAACAAGACUGGAGUGAGCACUGUGCUUGGUAUUUUAUAUGCUGAGGAGAAAGAACGUCUGGACUUCGUCUACACAAUCUAUCACUGGUUGCAAGCCAUUGCAAUCUUUGUAGUUUACCUUUGGUCAGAUUUGCCAAUGAGGGCUAAACUUGCCAUCCUGUUAGUGACUUUACUGCUAGCAUGCUAUUGCUACUGGGUGAUGGAACACCGCCUGGCCAAGAAUGUACAUCGUAGAUUGCCCCGUAUCCCACGUCCAAGGCACAAGGUCAAAGGUUAUCGCUAUUUGGAAGACGGCAACUCAGAUGAGUCAGACUCUGAGAAAAGCGAGGAGGAUGACGAAAACAAUGCUGAGGACAUAGAGGCAGAGGAGCUGGUGAAUGAGUUUGGAGCCGAGAACAUGGAGGCCGAACGCCAGGACGAUGGUGAUCUGGGAGCUGACUCACUCAGGGCCAGGAGGAAGAGGGCAGAAAAUCACCAGCAAAGGGAGGAGGAUAUCCAUGCAAUUGAGGGCCAGAGGGGAUGA